AUGAAAUCUUCCACUCCACUCCUCCUCGAUGCUCUGAAACGACGAAGCGAGAGGCACCGGAUGGAAUCUCACGUCAUUCUCUCCCCCGUUUUCGAAGUUUUGAGUCUCGAUUUUUGCCAGAACAAGAAGGAGUCGCAGAAGAGAAGUAGGAGAAAAUCAAACGAACAUCUGAAUCUGGCAGUUGCUGAACUUCAAAGAAUAAUCAAGUCACAGCUCGUAUCGCGGAAAGAUGCGAUGGCAAUGUUACUCUUCAUAUGGGCAAACUGCGAUGGUUACGAACAAAACUUCUUUCCUACUAAAUCAGAAUACGAUGACGGUGUCGACGCGUUGUUGAAACGUUUUCGAGUCAGCACGGAAGCGUUCGUCCACGUGGUCUUGAGUUGUGAUUUGCUCCACGAAUUCAAAUUGGCGUUAGAAGAUGCAAAUGAUACUUAUUUGAAUGAGCGAAUGGCUUCCGCAGUAUUCUCGCUCGCUCAGAAUGAAGCUUCGGGACAAAUAGUUGACAUUAUCGAGAAACAAAAGACGGACGGCGGUGACGGAAAGUACCGUACUCCUUUUUUGCAAAACAAUACGAUUCGCAGGCUAGAAAUGCAUAAAUAUGUGGGAGAGAUGAACAACAACGACGACGGUAAUAGUUUUAAUAACAGCUCUCAUUUUGAGGGAGUCGUGGAGAAAGAAAUGGUUAAAGUCAUGAAUCGCAUCAAUUACGAGAAGCAAAUGUCUGUGAAAGAAGCAGUUCAGUUCUCCAGAAGUUUACUCCCUCUGAAACUUUCAUAUCCGGCAAAGUUCACGCAACUGUUGCUUCAUUACGCUGCUGAAAAUAGCUCGAAUAUGCCCUUGAUUUUAAGUGCGGCGUAUAAUUCUCCUGGACUCAUUGAAUUGGAAUUUUUUAUUCGCGCUUUUAGAGAAUUAGUGGCGACAAAACCGCAUUUGCUGACUACACUGAACACAUUCAUAGCUUCAUUAUUUAACGAGGACAUGGCUAGAAUGCACACGGAUGGUAAUGGGAAUUAUGAUAGUUCUCUAUUCGAUCCCAGAGAAGGAAUUCUGUACGUUGUGUUUCCGUUACUUCACAGUAGCAACGAGAGUGGCAUCCUAGAAUUUGCGAUACAUCUUUUGCGAGACAUUACUAUCAACGACACUCAGUUCGAUUACACCUUGGUAUUUCGAACGUAUCCAGGUAGUAUUCUGUUAUCUUUGGCCUCUGUGGUUAAUUCUCGGAAUGCCGAUGACGGGUGUUCAGAACGUGUGCGGGAGUUGGCAUCUUCGACUUUAUCUGUCUAUGUUGAUAGAUUUGGGCAACUCGCAAAGGAGAAAAGAAUUCAUCUCACAAAGCAUGCGUUGGGGUCGAUCGAAAAAUUGAGUUCUGUUGCUGUUUCCCAUUUAGAUUGGGACACGCGACUGAGAAUCGAGCCGGUGCUGAAGUACGGUCGACGUAAACACGGUUCAGUCAGCGAGAAACCACCGCCAAGUUUGAAUUGCAAAUUUGAUUCUGUCACGCUCUGGAUUAAGAAAGUUCUCGAAGAUAUAUUCUGCAUCUCUCGGUCUGGCGAUGAAGCUUUAUCGCGAGUAUUACGUUUGUUGUUUCCAUUCGAACGAGAGGUUUUAGAAGAAAGGGAAGAGUUCGAUUCCAAUAUCGAUGCAUGCUUAAUUCAGUUCAGAAGUAUACUCGUCGAAGUCAGUGUAAAGUAUCGAGACCAUUUAAAGCUGGCGCUAUUAUGGGCAAGCUCGGAGGUUUUCCCUCGUUGUACGUUUUCUGAAAUUCGGAGAAUAAUAUUUGGUCUGUUUCCAAAGCUUCUUCCUCAAUUCUUGAACACGUUUGACGUAAGUGUAAGAGCGUAUGAGGAUGAGAUAGCAACGGAUGGUAUUGCGCUGGAUUUGUUUGUCAAAGUGAUCGAGACGACGCAAAAUACAAUCGACUUUGAAAUCUUGACUCGGCAACUCGCCAAUAUAGUUUCCUCAUCGCCUCGAGAGUCGUUCGCGUUCCAGCUUCUAGGCUUUAGGAAUUUAUGCUCGGCACUAUCCAUUGUUUCUAUGUCAUCCAGAGGUGGAUCUAAGAGUCGGGCAGAAGGCGCACUUUCUGCUGCUGCUUUUGAUAUUUUAGCUAAAGUAGUAACAUCGAGCGAGUCCGAGGAAAACAAAAGGAAAAAGUUGGAAGAAAUGCUCGAGGUUCUUCCGAAACCUGCUCUUCCAUACAUAGUAAAACAGAUCAAAUUAGAAAUUAGUAAGUUGUAG